AGUUUACUUCCUCUCCCUCUCUAAACGCCGCGGAUUCCAUUAUCAGACGUCUAGAGCAUUGACACAGCACGAUCUUGCAUUCGCUUUUAUUAAUGGCAGUUACAGAAAGAUUUCAUCUCAAAAACCCUAGCUGUUGAAACCUCCUUUCUUCUCUCUCCCUCUACCUCUCUCUUAGCUCCGGUUUCCAAGAUUUCCUGCGAGGAUCAACGAUAGUCCUGAUUCCUUAUUUUCCGCGCCUGACAAACGUGCUCAUAAACCGAAUUUUCUUGCAGAUUGUGAAUUCAGUUUUGGAAACUGGAAAGCAAGGAAACCAAAUGGCACAUGGAGGAGUGGGUUUUUGAACCCAGCAUCUGAUUCUUCCUUUAUUUGAGUGGCAUUGAGAUUUAUGCUUCAGAGCUAAAAAUAACGCCGGCCAAAAUUCAGCGACCAGGUUCAGGGGGUGACUUGCCCCAGGGCGGUGAGUACGGCCCAUUCCCUGUCCCUCGGAGAGUGAAUUCCUCCCAUGCUGUUGUGAUGGAUGAUAUGGAGAAUGGAACUAUGGGGUCCUAUCAGGACAGACCAAGAACUUUCCCUAUGAUGAGGAGUAAACCCUAUACUCCAUUGAUAUUUCGAAUUCUUAUGGGAUUAAAUGUUCGUGCCUUAUUUGGUCUCUUGCUGUUGAGCUUGGGAGCUGUCUUUUACAUUGGUGCAAGGACUUCUCCAAUUAUCGUGUUUGUCUUCUCCAUCUGCAUCAUCAGCUUCCUUUUUGCUAUUUAUCUCACCAAGUGGGUGCUUGCGAAGGAUGAGGGACCUCCCGAGAUGGCUCAGAUAUCAGAUGCAAUACGGGAUGGGGCAGAAGGUUUCUUUCGGACCCAGUAUGGUACUAUUUCGAAGAUGGCAGUAUUGUUGGCGCUAAUAAUCCUUUGCAUCUACUUAUUUCGCAGUACAACUCCUCAACAAAAAGCAGCUGGCAUUGGGAGAUCAACAUCUGCAUGUAUUACGGUGGUUGCUUUUCUUCUGGGGGCUCUUUGCUCGGGCAUUGCGGGGUAUGUUGGGAUGUGGGUGUCAGUACGUGCAAAUGUUAGAGUUUCCAGUGCUGCUAGACGGUCUGCACGGGAGGCAUUGCAGAUUGCUGUGCGUGCUGGUGGUUUCUCAGCCAUUAUAGUUGUGGGUAUGGCUGUAAUAGGAGUGGCAAUCCUUUAUGCAACAUUCUUUGUUUGGUUGGGUGUAGAUUCACCAGGUUCAAUGAAGGUUACUGAUUUGCCUCUUCUCCUGGUUGGUUAUGGUUUUGGAGCCUCGUUUGUUGCCCUUUUCGCGCAGUUGGGUGGUGGAAUAUACACUAAAGCAGCUGAUGUUGGUGCUGAUCUUGUUGGAAAAGUAGAGCAGGGAAUCCCUGAAGAUGAUCCUCGAAAUCCCGCUGUUAUUGCAGAUUUGGUUGGAGACAACGUGGGUGACUGUGCUGCUCGAGGUGCUGAUCUUUUUGAAAGUAUUGCGGCAGAGAUAAUCAGUGCUAUGAUACUUGGGGGGACAAUGGCUCAACGUUGCAAAAUCGAAGAUCCGUCUGGGUUUAUCUUGUUUCCUCUUGUCAUUCAUUCUUUUGACUUGGUGGUAUCAUCAAUUGGAAUACUUUCAAUCAGGGGUACACGUGAAUCUGGAGCAAAGGUUCCGAUAGAGGAUCCAAUGACAAUAAUCCAAAAAGGCUAUUCCAUUACAAUAUUUUUAGCUGUUCUGGCAUUUGGCGCGUCUACUCGUUGGCUGCUUUACACUGAUCAAGCACCUUCUGCAUGGCUGAACUUUGCCUUAUGUGGCUUGGUGGGAAUCACAACAGCCUACGUUUUUGUUUGGAUUUCUAAGUAUUACACUGAUUACAAGCAUGAGCCUGUACGCACGCUAGCUCUUGCAAGCACAACAGGCCAUGGAACUAACAUAAUUGCAGGCAUAAGUUUGGGUUUAGAAUCAACUGCCCUUCCAGUCCUUGUUAUUAGUGUAGCUAUUGUUUCAUCUUUCUGGCUAGGUCAAACUUCAGGCCUGGUAGAUGUAACUGGAAGUCCAACUGGUGGUCUAUUUGGGACUGCUGUAGCAACAAUGGGGAUGCUCAGUUCUGCAGCUUAUGUGCUCACCAUGGAUAUGUUUGGUCCGAUUGCUGAUAAUGCCGGUGGGAUCGUUGAGAUGAGCCAGCAGCCUGAAAGUGUCCGGGAGAUUACAGAUGUUCUAGAUGCUGUUGGGAACACCACAAAAGCUACCACUAAAGGAUUUGCUAUUGGUUCUGCAGCACUUGCUUCUUUCCUCCUUUUUAGUGCUUAUAUGGAUGAAGUAGCUUCUUUUGCGCAAACCCCCUUUAAGGAGGUUGACAUUGCAAUUCCAGAGGUUUUUGUUGGUGGCUUGUUGGGCUCUAUGCUUAUUUUCUUAUUUAGUGCAUGGGCAUGUUCUGCUGUUGGUCGAACUGCCCAAGAGGUUGUUAAUGAAGUGCGGAGACAGUUUAUUGAGAGACCGGGUAUCAUGGACUAUAAAGAGAAACCAGAUUACAGCCGCUGCGUCUCUAUUGUGGCAUCUGCGUCUUUGCGGGAGAUGAUAAAACCUGGCGCUUUGGCUAUUAUAUCGCCCAUUGCGAUCGGGUUUGUGUUUCGGAUAUUGGGCCACCUCACUGGCCAUCCUCUAUUAGGGGCCAAAGUUGUGGCUUCCAUGCUCAUGUUUGCGACUGUAUCCGGUAUUCUUAUGGCUCUCUUUCUAAACACUGCUGGAGGGGCCUGGGAUAAUGCGAAAAAAUUUAUAGAAACUGGCGCUCUUGGUGGCAAAGGGAGCGAAUGUCACAAAGCUGCUGUCACGGGGGAUACUGUCGGCGACCCGUUCAAGGACACUGCUGGGCCCUCUCUUCAUGUCCUUAUCAAGAUGCUUGCGACGAUAACGCUUGUCAUGGCACCUGUUUUUCUGUGAGUAAUUUUACAUCCUCUUAUUUGACAAACAAAAGGCACCCUUCUCUCUUCGUGGGGGCUAUCGAUGUUCUGAAUGUGCAAAGGAAUCACGAUCUUAAGAUCAAGGGUGCUGAUUUUUCCUUGUUUCUUUUUUUUUUUUUUCCUCUUCUGAAGAAAUAAUGUUACACUGACUGCCCAUUUGGGUCUUUCACACUGGCAAAAUAUAUGUAGGCUCAUAUUCAUUGUUAGUGUCUUUAGUAAUAAUAGCUAGUUUAUGAAAUUUGUCU